UCAGUUUCACCAAAGUUUCCAGUUUCUCAGUUCUCCGCCCCCUUCACUAUAUAACAAGCGUGUUAUAUAGUGAAACCUGAAGCGGCAGCAGAGCUCCAUAUGGUCUGCUCUCUCCUGGAAACUGUCACACUUUGACACUAUGAAAGGUCAAUCAAACGAUAUGGAAAACACGUCCAAGGUGGAAGCUUCUAAUGGGCACAGCAGGCCGCUGGACAUUGUACCCAGUACAGAGGAGAAGAUGACAGAAAGGGGACAAUGGGGCAACAAAGUUGAGUUUAUUCUGUCCGUGGCAGGAGAGAUUAUUGGCCUUGGGAAUGUCUGGCGUUUUCCUUACCUUUGUUAUAAGAAUGGAGGAGGUGCCUUUUUUAUACCAUACCUCAUCUUCUUGUUUGCUUGUGGGAUCCCUGUCUUCUUCCUGGAGACAGCGUUGGGUCAGUACACCAGUGAGGGAGGCAUUACCUGCUGGAGGAAACUCUGCCCUUUGUUUGAAGGCCUGGGUUAUGGCAGCCAGGUAAUUGUUGCUCUGCUGAACAUCUACUACAUUAUUGUGUUAGCCUGGGCCAUCUUCUUUCUGUUCCACUCCUUCACCUGGGAUCUGCCCUGGGCAUCCUGCAACAAUAGCUGGAACACAAAUUCCUGUAUGCCAUUUCAGAAGGGGAAUACCUCCAUCAAUCACCAUGAGAACACCACCUCUCCUGUCAUUGAGUUCUGGGAGCGCAGAGUACUGAGAAUAUCUUCAGGUAUUGACCACAUUGGUUCUCUGAACUGGGAUCUGGCUCUGUGUCUUGCCUUUGCAUGGGUAAUCUGUUACUUCUGUGUAUGGAAGGGAGUGAAAUCCACAGGCAAGGUAGUUUACUUCACAGCUACUUUUCCAUAUGUAAUGCUCCUGGUUCUCCUGAUCAGAGGAGUAACACUGCCAGGGGCCUCCAUUGGAAUCCACUUCUACCUUUACCCCGACAUCAAUCGACUGUCUGACCCCCAAGUAUGGAUGGAUGCUGGAACUCAGAUCUUUUUCUCAUUUGCCAUCUGUCUUGGCUGCCUCACUGCCCUAGGAAGCUACAACAAAUAUAACAACAACUGCUACAGGGAUUGUGUGGCCCUCUGUUUCCUUAACAGUGGUACCAGUUUUGUUGCGGGCUUUGCCAUCUUCUCCAUCCUGGGCUUCAUGUCCUACGAGCAAAAUGUGCCCAUCUCAGAAGUGGCUGAAUCAGGUCCAGGUUUAGCCUUCAUUGCCUAUCCCCGAGCUGUGACCAUGAUGCCUUUUUCCCCUCUGUGGGCCUGCUUCUUCUUCAUUAUGAUUGUAUUUCUAGGACUGGACAGCCAGUUUGUAUGCGUGGAGAGCCUGGUCACAGCCGUGGUGGAUAUGUAUCCUUCCGUCUUCCGCCGUAAAAAUCGCAGGGAACUCUUCAUCCUGGCAGUAGCAAUAGUAUCCUUCUUCCUGGGCCUCAUCAUGCUGACAGAGGGAGGCAUGUAUGUCUUCCAACUCUUUGACUACUAUGCAGCCAGUGGGAUGUGCCUGCUCUUCGUAGCCAUUUUUCAGACAGUUUGCAUCGGUUGGGUUUAUGGUGCAGAUCGCUUCUAUGAUAACAUUGAGGAUAUGAUUGGCUAUCGCCCCGGCCCUGCCAUUAAAUACUGCUGGCUUUUCUUCACUCCUGCAACAUGCUUUGGAACCUUUGCCUUUGCCUUAAUCAAGUACUCACCUUUGAAGUACAAUAAUAAUUAUGUGUACCCAUUGUGGGCGGAUGGGAUCGGUUGGAUCCUGGCUCUGUCCUCCAUGCUUUGCAUACCGCUUUGUAUGGCAUUCAAACUGUACAAUACCCCAGGAACACUGAGAGAACGUUUUGUUCUUCUAAGCACUCCUUCCACUGAGUUACCAAAGACAAAGCAGGAGCAGGAGGCACUCCAUACCAUCUUUGCAGCAGACGGUGAAAGCCUCCAUCAGAAAGCACCUCCCUCUCGAGAUGGUUACGUCCCUGUUGGUGAAAAGGAGUCUCAUUGCUAGAAGUUUGAGGGUUGGAAUCGGAGUCUAUUUAGAGGUCAGAUGUCACUGUGAGGCUCUCAGUGACUGGCCCCAUCACUGUUCUCUCUGUAUUACCUCACAAGAUAAGCUGGUGAAAACAGACGUGUAUGCAGACUUUUACAGUCUGCUCACCUGCUAUUGGCUGCUGGAACUUUCUUCUUUGCAUGGUGCCUUCAGUACACAGUGUUGUGCAAAUAUCCUGAGCUGCCCUUCAUUUCUUUAUAUUUUGCUAGCAAAAUGUGAAAUAGGUGCAGUGAUCUACUGAAACAUGCAACCAUACAUGGUAAUAGAGUAUUUGAGGCAAAAAGCAACCUUUUGGAAUAGUUCUCCAGGCUUCCAGAAGGACAUUUAGAUGUUCUUUGGCUGUUGACUGUCUUUUGUUCCAUUCUCUGUUAAGAUGAUCCCACACUGCCUCAGUAAUGUUGCCUAUGGGGAGGCCAAUCCUUGACUAUUAGUGUUCCACUGUGUGUUUUUCUGUCCAGGUACAUUUUUACUGUAUUGACAGUGUGUUUGGGAUUACUACCAAUCAGACAUGUUCAAGAUUGUAUUACAUGGUGGGUGAAAAUUUGAUGGUACUUUUUUGCUUUCAUAAUUCCAUCAUUUUUGACAAGAUUCCCAGUACCAAUGGUUGAAAUGCAGACCCAUACCAUGCUUUGUCUUUUUUGGCCACUUGUUCUGUUUCCUCAAAUUUUUUAAGUACAAAUUGCACACCAUUCUAAGCUAUGCUAGGUUUUCACGUAAUAGGUUUUUAGGAAUCACCUUGUUGGUGCAAAAAUACUCUUUCUAUGACAAUACUGUUUUUGCAACAGGCAGCUAGUAAAGUGCCUAAAGAUACAAUUCAAAGUGAGUUUUUCAAAGUUGUCUGUUGUGUGUAGACACAACACUGGUUAAUACCUGGAGUUGGGUGACUUAGGUUUUUGCAAAUAAUUCACAGGUCAGUGUUAAACAGGUCAUAUAUAAAAAACAUUCCUUCAAAAUAGUCAGGUAUAAGAAUUGGGAUGGAAUGGAAUGGAAUUGGAAUGAAUGAAAAAGCAAACCAUCUUCAGAAAGCCUGGAGAUCAACCGCUAAAAAAAUCAACACUAUAAAGAAACGAUGGGGUGACUCAAGACUUUUGCACAGUACUGUACCAUAUGAUGGCAACAGCAACAUUACGCAAAGAUUUACUUCCGUUAUUUGAAAGUGGGUUGACAUCUCAUUUGCCUGUGGCAGAGUAACGUGACAAUGUAAACACUGCUGUUACACAGUGGCAAAGAAUUUACAUUUGACUGUGUCUGCUUUCUAAGGAAGCAUUUUCUUCUGUUGUGGACAUCUCUAAUGUUCAGCGAAUCUCAUUCUGGCUGCUUCAUUAAAUUUAACAGCCGCCUGCUGCAGACUGAGUGCAGGAAAGUGUCACAUGAUCCCACAGCUCACAAACCCCUCUGGGCUUAAAUUAAUCUGCUUAAUGUAUACAGAGGAGAACCACAUUGUUUAUCCACCAACAGUUGAGGUGUUCUCUCAGGAUUGGUAAAAAAAAAAAAAAAGUAAUAAGAAACAUUACUACACAAAGUGUUUUAGUAACCAAUGCUUCAGGAUAAAAAGACUGGUUAAAUUUCUACAAAUAAACCCACUUAAACUCUAAUGUUUGUUUAUUUUUUAUCUUAAUACUGUUUGUACCAUUUUAAAGGCUUCUCUGUAUAAUUUUGGUCUGCUUUGGGCACUGCGGAUUUGUAUUGAUGUUUUAUAUUAAAUGUUUAUGUUAAAUGUUCAGAUUCUUGACAUGGAUUUAAUUUAGUCUUGUUUUAAUGUGCCUUAUGUCUAAUUCUGGGAAUGUAUGAAAUAAAGUUAAAAGGUACCCAAAGCAAAGGGACAGUUGAUCCACUUAGAUUAUAUCAGAAGUGAGUUCCAAUGCAGGAGAUUCAUUCCAAAAAAGAAGAAGAAGAAGCUUGUUAUCUCUUUCUGCUGUAUCGCAAUGAACUUCAACCUGUGUUUCUUUUUCUUUACAUGUUGAAAUGAAUAUAUGAUCACUGAUUAUGGAGCAAGAACACUUUUUGUUAUAAAAUUUUAUACGCUAAAACACUUUUUUUUAAAUGAAUGAAUACAAAUACCUUCAUUUGGAACAUAUAUUUCUACUACAUGUGUAUAUUUUGUGGGACAUCUUUAAUGAAUUUGUGUUGGCCUUGAUUACAAAUAAAUGUUUUACAUUUUA